AUGGCGGAGAACAGCGAGAGCCUGGCGCCGGCGGCGGAGGGAGGUGGAGAGGAGCAGGAGGCGGUGGAGAGCGUGAAGCUGUUCGUGGGGCAGGUGCCCAAGCACAUGACGGAGCCGGAGCUGGCCGCCAUGUUCCAGCAGGUCGCCCUCGUCGACGAGGUCACCGUCAUCAAGGACAAGGCCACCAAGGCCUCCCGAGGGUGCUGUUUCCUGAUAUGUCCUUCAAGGGAUGAAGCUGACAAGGCGGUAAAUGAGUUCCACAAUAAGCACACGCUCCCGGGGGCGUCAAGUCCUUUGCAAGUCAAAUAUGCUGAUGGAGAGUUGGAGAGGCUGGAGCACAAGCUUUUCAUUGGAAUGCUUCCCAAAAAUGUAUCAGAUACUGAAUUGACUGAUUUGUUUUCCAAAUAUGGAAAUAUUAAGGACUUACAAAUUUUGAGAGGUUCACAACAAACAAGUAAAGCUGGCUGCGCCUUCCUUAAAUAUGAAACAAAGGAGCAAGCAAUGGCAGCUAUUGAGGCUGUAAAUGGGAAGCACAAAAUAGAGGGUUCUAGUGUGCCGUUGGUUGUCAAAUGGGCUGACACAGAAAAAGAAAGGCAAGCCAGGAAAGCACAGAAAGCUCAACUGCAACCACCUAAUAUGCCGAAUGGAGGUCCAAUGCCACAUUCUUCAGCAUUUGGAGCUUUGCCGAUGGGAUAUAUGCCUCAGUAUAAUGGAUUUGGUUAUCAGCCUCCUGGGACAUACGGACUUAUGCAGUACCCUUUAUCUCCUAUGCAAAAUCAAACCCCCUUUCAGAAUCAAGUAAACUCUAUACGAGGCGUCAAUCCUGAACUGUCCCCCAAUUCAGUUCCUAGAUCAUUUAAUGGAAUGCAGUUAGGCAACCCUUAUCCAGCUGUGCCUGGUAUGCCGUAUACUGGAUCCUAUCCUGGUGCUCUCAUGAGCAAUCGUCCUUUUGGGAAUUCUCACAAUUUGCUUAAAGUUCCAAGUGCAAACGUGAAUGCUAUUCCAUAUAGUCCAGGUAGCAAUGGUGGUAACCAUACACAAACAGAAGGUCCUCCUGGAGCCAAUCUAUUUAUCUACCACAUCCCACAAGAAUUUGGGGACCAAGAACUUUCCGAGGCCUUCCAGAGGUUCGGUAGAGUGCUAAGUGCCAAGGUGUUUGUAGACAAAGCCACGGGUGCCAGUAAAUGUUUUGGUUUUGUAAGCUAUGACUCUCCCGUCUCCGCGCAGUCAGCCAUUACUAUGAUGAACGGUUUCCAGCUAGGCGGCAAAAAACUGAAAGUACAACUCAAGAGAGACAACAGCAGGCACAGUAAACCUUUCUGACAAACCGUUUUGCGAUUACCCAACCGUGCGAUCAUGUUCUUGGUACAUAUUUGUCAGAUAGUUGACCGUGACACUGAUUGUUUCCCCCUUGGCCGUGGGCGCUGCAUGUCUGCAGAAUCUGCCAGGGAGCCCCAUGUAUCUUCCUCGUUCAGUUCAAAUUCAAUUGGUGCCUUGUGUAAUUUCAUCUUAGUGUAGCCUUAGCACUUUGUACCAUCAGACCACCUUGUAAACAUCAGAAAUUCAGAUUCAUUCAAUUGUUACUUUUAUCUCCUUU